AUGGGACGCAAAUUUAGAAAUGAAAAUGACACUGAAUCUGAGGAUGAUAAUUAUAAUUUGACUAAAGAAGAAGAAGAUAUAGCUUACAUAUUAAGAUACAAUUCUGGGUGCAAAGAUGUAAGUGUUGACAAUGAUGAUGUGUCUUACACGCGUGGAGAUAGGAUGAUUGAAUGCCUUCUAAAUUCAAAAAAGUAUGGUGUUUCAUCUGAAUUAGGAUUGUUUAAAAAUAUUAAUGAUGCAACAGAUUAUUGUCAAAUACUUAUGGAUAAAAAGUUAUUUGUUCGAGUUGACAAGAAAGUUUUUCGAAAGAAAGAUGCAUCUGAUCAUCCAGAAAAUACGAAAGUACAAAAAAAACUUAAGUUUUAUUUUUCUAACUUACAAAAUUUUGAUGCAACAUCUGAAGCAUAUUAUCUUUGGAACUACAAUCCAACUACAUUAUUUAAGAAAAUUAUCGGUGUGAUUAUGAUGUUAGGAGCAGUAGGGUUAUGUUUAAUGCCGUUAUGGCCAGCAUGGUUGAAAAUUGUAUGUUAUUACAUUGGAGUAGCUGGUGCUUCCUUCAUAUGUUUUCUUAUUGGACUUUAUUUUUUCCAACAAGCAUUAUUCUUUUGCCUUUUAUUCGCAUCUUUUGGAAAGCUACAGUUUACUAUACUUCCAAAUUUAGUAGCUGAAUGUAGUUUCCUCGAGUCUUUUGUUCCAUUGUAUACAUAUCAAUGGAGUAUAAAGAAAAACAAAAAAGAAAAUUAA